UGGAAAACUGUCAUCUUGGCAUGCCGGUGCCAUGCUGGACCUCAUUCCUCAUUUCCUUGUGAUCGACUCACUUCGACUACGAGGCCUACAAACCAUGAAGCUCUUCUUGAUCUUGAGUCUCGCCCUGUUGGCACUGGUGUCGAGACUUACUGAAGCUCAAACAUGCGGAUCCCGUCUUCGUAAGGACUGGGAUAUGAUGACUGCGGCCGAGAAGGACACGUACCGUAACGCUCUCCGAGCUGCAAUGGACUCUGGUGCAUACAUCAAGUUCGUCGAGAUGCACACUGAGAUGAUGUCGGAGAGAGAGGCUCAUCGUCAGUGCAUGUUCAUCUACUGGCAUCGUUAUAUGCUGGUCGCGUUUGAGAACAUGCUCCGCGGCCAGGGAUCGCAGUACGCCUGUGUGACGGUGCCCUACUUCAACUGGAUCACUGCCAGUGCUCGCGUCACGUCGGGUGCCUGUUCGUCUAUGGGCAACUGUUUGGCCAUCACCCGGGAGCUCGGUGGCUGGACUAGUGGCACUGUACGCACGUUGUCAAUCAACGGUAUCAACAACUCCGGUCGCUGUGUUAACGUGUCACCACUUGACCGCUUCUGCCAGCUCACCUCUACGACGGGUACUGCCUGUGCCCGAUGCGUGCCUCGCAGUGAUUGGAGUACAGUCCGCGUGCCUUCAUCGGCGAGUUACGCUGCCGUCCGUAACCAGGUUUUCACUGGAGUGAACAUCGGUCAAAUGUCUCCGUUGGUGGAGCAAGGCUGCCACAACAACGUGCACGCCAACUUGGCCAGCACAAUGGGGACGUUCGCUUCUCCGGCCGAUCCGAUCUUCUGGUCGCACCACGCUAUGGUGGACUUGUUGCACGUCAUCUUCCACAAGUGCCGCGUUGGAACGACCCGAUUGACAUUCGAACAGAAGGCGUCACACCCUGUGGCUUGGACAUCUUGCAAUCGUCGUGACUCGACUGUCGCUUUCAGACCGACUGAUGUGGUGACAAUGCGUACGGGUGAGAGGGGAAUCAACCCGAUCCAGGCUUCGACGGACCCUCGUGUCGGCCGAUUCUUCACUGGAGUUCCUAACCAGUUCGCCGGUCUGAUGGAUACGCGUGACCUGGGCUCUAGCAGCUACGGAUACUACAUCGGCGGCCAAGUGGCUACCAUGUACACUCAAUGUGAUGCAUCCCCGACCUCGCGUAAGUUGAAGGAAACGAACUCAACGUCCCACCCUACAAUGUGUGGAGUGGCGGAGGACGAUGGCUACGAUGAAGACGGAAACCACUACGCCUCACAGAACAAUUUCCCUGAGACGGACUACACCGGCCAGGACGACGGUCACCAGGACGCUGUGGUUGUGGAUAACUCGGGUAAUCCCAUCGAUGAGAACACGCCGAGGGAUGCGUAUGUUACGGAAGACUCGGAGAAGAAGGUGGUGGACUGGUACGAUCAGACUCUCGAAGCCCUGGGUGGAGACUCGGAGGAGAACAUGGCCGAUCUUGAGCGUCAAGCCUGCAUGUUUGAGCACAUUUGCUUGGGUGGAACGAAGGACUACUCGCCAGAGUUCAAAGAGACCUGGCAGGCGAAGGAGCCGCGCUGCAAGACCAUCGUCGAUGCCAUCCUCAGCGGCAUUGAGAAGAUUAAGUAUGAGUCGUGGCGCGAGGAGAUGGAGACUGUAUUCGGUUGCCCGGAGCCGAGCUUCACGAACGACACGAGCUCGUACUCUACUGGUUCUUGGGGAUCAUCUGUAUCGGGAUCUUUGAGCUCCACUGAUUCGGGAUCGUGGAGCACCACGGUCACGGAUGAUGUGGACAAUUCCAACGACACGAUCCACUUCCCGGAUGCCUUGGACGAUCCCGAGCCUACCACUGAUGUGUCGGAGGAUCCUCAGCCCAUCACCGAUGACCCCGACACUGCCACUGGCACGACGUGGGACUAAUUAUGCAGGGUUGCCUUUUGCCGUUUAGGUUUUGCUCUGUGUGUGAGGUGAUCUAGAUAUUUUUUUUUUAAUUCUCGGGCAAGUAAAGUCAAAUAUAUUGGAUGUGGAAUGGACGCCUUCCAAAAUUGUAUUGUUCGGGUGUCAUAUCUGCAGCAGAUAUGACGGGCUUUAAAAAGACAUACCGUAAAACUU